GACCUUUGAAUCACAUGCUGGGGAAUUCCAUCUCCUUAUAUCAAGGCACAAAGUCAUACUGAAACUGGCACUAAUUUCACUGUUUACACAAUGUCAACAAACCUGGGACAUCUAAGUGGUUCAUAUUCUUGUGGGUGAGGGUUGGACUGCUCAGAGUUGGCUUGUCGGACACCACAGUGGCCUGACACGGUUGUUUAGAACAGACUGGUUUGCUGAAUAAUUCAGCUGCCAUCCUCAUGGACCUGUAUGAGAUCAGAGAGGAAAGACUGGAUGUGAUUGCAGAGGAAGCUGAGCACCAGGAGCUAAGCAUGGCGGACAGAGGAGGGAGGCCGACCCGAGGAGUUUCCAGCUUCCAGAAGUUCUCUGUAGACACCGAGGACUCCCUUCGAUUUGAGCCAUGUGAGGACAGCCUUCCAUCUCCCACUGGGGCAGGACUUGACGACAGUGAUGUGUUUAAUGAGGGACAAACUGAGGAUGAGAUCGUCAUAAUCAGGAAUCGGCUGCAGGGGAAGGUGGCUGAGAUGGAGAACUUUGCAGGACAUCUGGAGGAAAUCUUUCUCACUGUAGAGGAGAAUUUUGGCCGUCAGGAGCAGCACUUGGAGCAGCACUACAACGAUGUGCUACAGACGUUGUCUCAGCGAUAUGACGAGAGGGCGGCUGGAUUGGAGGAUGAGAAAAAAAGCAAGCUGGAGUCCCUGUACAAGCAGCUGCUGGCCUGUGGUCACGCGAUGGAUGCCUCCAAGGAGCUCAUCGAGACGGCCCAGGAGAUUUACCGCAGCCAAGACAAGCGGCUGUUCCUGAAGACAGUUAUGCCCGCCAUUAAAAGGAUUGAGGAGUUUGCCAAAGAGGAUGUUGACCUCACGUUGUCUACACGUCUGGAGUUUGGCACACCACUCGCUGACCUGUCAGAUGUCAAAACCAUGAUGGACUCUAUCAACGUUGUUCCAGCUCCAUCUGCCCCGGUGAUCAACCCCCAGAUGCCCAACUCUGCCACCCAGACGUCCCUGCGCGUGUGCUGGAGCUUGUUCUCCGACGACACGGUGGAGUACUACGAGCUUUACUACAGACCGGUGCUGGAGGACACACCAGCAGACAGCACCUGUGCACCACCUGUAAGCAAGGUGAACGUGAAGGAGACCCACUGCACCGUGACAGACCUGCUGCCCAAUGCUCAGUAUGAACUCUGGGUGACUGCUACCAACACCACAGGCAUCAGCCCAGCCAGCGAGAAGGCCUUAUACAUGACAGUGCCGUCGCCUCCAGUGAUCAAGCAGAGGGAGUGUACGAGCUGUCCAGAGGCUGCUCUGAUCCGCUGGGAGUCAGGGAACACCAACCCUGUAGACUCUUACACUGUGGAGCUCAGUGAGAUGGGCACUGAUGGAACAGAGAGCGGUAUAACUGAGUCUAUAGUAGCCGUGCCCACCUGUCAGUGUCUGAUCCAGCUGCAGACAGGACGCCGUUACCUCAUCUCUGUGAGAGCAGUCAACAUUGGCGGGCCCAGCGACAGGAGUGAGGUUAUUACCGUCUCCACAACAGGUACACUGUUCUAUCUCCUGGAGGACACUGCUCAUCCCUGCCUGUCCCUCUCUGAAGACGGCUUCACCAUCUUCUAUGGAGAUGAGGAGCUGCCAAUCAGCGCGAUGGCCUUAGACGAUAACGCCGCCUUCACCAGAUGUGUUGCUGUCCUGGGGGACCUGAUCCCAGUGCGAGGCAGGCAUUACUGGGAAGUUGAGGUGGAUGAUGGGACGGAAUUUCGGAUUGGAGUUGCAUCCGAGGACACGGAGAGGAACUCGUACCUCGGAGCCAACAACACCUCCUGGUGCAUGAGACACAUUCUUACUCCAUCCAGGCAUAAGUUUGAGUUCCUGCACAAUGGCUGGACUCCUGACCUGAGGAUUACUGUGAACCCAGUGCGGAUAGGAGUGGCACUGGACUACAACAGGGGAACUCUGUCCUUCUUUAAUGUGGAUCUGGAACAACACCUACACACCUUCCAAUGUCAUUUCCGAAAUUAUGUCCACCCCUGCUUUGGCCUGGACAACCCAGGAGCUCUUACUGUUCACAACGGCAUAGAGGCUCCUGAGUACGCGUUCAUCUGACACCAGCAAUUACAUCUAAUAUCAACAUGAAAUAAAACCCAUGCAAUAACUUUGUUUUUAAUACUUACCAAGGUUCUGGGUGCCAACACUGUAAACACCUAAAAAAUAUUUGCCGACCUAGACAAUAAGGUGUUUUUUUUUAGGUGUUUUUAUUAUAAUAUUCCAUGGGAACAGGCAUACACCAUUUUCCAAGAUAAGAAAAAAGUUUCACUGAAUUUUACAAUAUGUAUUUAUAGCAUCAGUAACUGCAGCAGACCAACUGUUUAAGUCCAAAAAAGGAAAGAAGGGGCUUGUUUUUGAUUUAACAAAAGAUGCUUUGAAAAAUGAAACAAGUGUUUUAAGAAAUAAAAAUCCAUUUGUAGUUAUC